CAGUAUGCAUUUUAAUUAUACCUUCAUCAUUUAUUGCAGACAGUUUCUGUCCAGAAAAGGAGGUCUUGGGAAUCAUUUGCUACUCACUGCUUGCUGACUUUGGGGGUGGUUUGGCAGGCUGGGACAGAAUUUCUGAGAAAGUAUUAUGUGGAUAUGCCAAAGAAAACAACCAAUCUGAGAGGAUCCUCCAGAGAGCAGUUCAUUUGGGACCAGGCUGGUGGUUUUAUCUUGGAUUGAGGCCUCAAAUCAAGACUCAUGGAGAUAUUUAUGCGGUGACCCGAGCAGUGCAGUGAGAAUCAGCUAACUUUCAAAAACAUCUGGGAAAAUGAAGACAUGGAUGAAAACUGUCGUUGGAGUUGCCACGUUGGCUGGCCUUGCUUUACUCGUGAUAUGCAUUGUCUUACGUCCCUCAAAAGUCCACAUCCCUGAAAGAAACACAAGGAGAGCUCUCAAUCUGAAGGAUAUUUUAAACGGAACAUUCUCAUACAAAACAUUUUUUCCAAACUGGAUUUCAGCACAAGAAUAUCUUCAUCAAUCUGCGGAUGAUAACAUAGUGUUUUAUAAUAUUGAAACGAGAGAAUCAUAUGUCAUUUUGAGCAAUAGCACCAUGAAAAGUGUAAAUGCUUCAGAUUAUGGCUUAUCACCUGAUCGGCAAUUUGCAUAUCUAGAAAGUGAUUAUUCAAAGCUUUGGAGAUACUCAUACACAGCAACAUACUACAUCUACGACCUGUGGAAUGGGGAAUUUGUAAGGGGAUAUGAGCUUCCUCGUCCAAUUCAGUAUCUAUGCUGGUCUCCUGUUGGGAGUAAAUUAGCAUAUGUCUAUCAAAACAAUAUUUAUUUGAAACAAAGACCAGGAGAUCCACCUUUUCAAAUAACUUACACUGGAAGAGAAAAUAAAAUAUUUAAUGGGAUUCCAGACUGGGUAUAUGAAGAGGAAAUGCUUGCUGCAAAAUAUGCUCUUUGGUGGUCUCCAAAUGGAAAAUUUUUGGCAUAUGCAGAAUUUAAUGAUUCAGAAAUACCAAUUAUUGCCUAUUCCUAUUACGGUGAUGGACAGUAUCCUAGAACAAUAAAUAUUCCAUACCCAAAGGCUGGAGCGAAGAAUCCUGUCGUUCGUGUCUUUAUUGUUGACACUACCUAUCCUCACCAUGUGGGCCCAAUAGAAGUACCAGUUCCAGAAAUGAUAGCCUCAAGUGACUAUUAUUUCAGCUGGCUCACAUGGGUGACUGAUGAACGGGUAUGUUUGCAGUGGCUAAAGAGAGUGCAGAAUGUCUCCGUCUUGUCUAUAUGUGACUUCAGGGAAGACUGGCAUGCAUGGAGUUGUCCAAAGACCCAGGAGCAUAUAGAAGAAAGCAGAACAGGAUGGGCUGGUGGAUUCUUUGUUUCAACACCAGCUUUCAGCCAUGAUGCCACUUCAUACUACAAAAUAUUUAGCGACAAGGAUGGUUACAAACAUAUUCACUACAUCAAAGACACUGUGGAAAAUGCUAUUCAAAUUACAAGUGGCAAGUGGGAGGCCAUAUAUAUAUUCAGAGUGACACAGGAUUCACUGUUUUAUUCUAGCAAUGAAUUUGAAGGUUACCCUGGAAGAAGAAACAUCUACAGAAUUAGCAUUGGAAACUCUCCUCCGAGCAAGAAGUGUGUUACUUGCCAUCUAAGGAAAGAAAGGUGCCAAUAUUACACAGCAAGUUUCAGCUACGACGCCAAGUACUAUGCACUCAUCUGCUAUGGCCCUGGCCUCCCCAUUUCCACCCUCCAUGACGGCCGAACAGACCAAGAAAUACAAAUAUUGGAAGAAAACAAAGAAUUGGAAAAUGCUCUGAGAAAUAUCCAGCUGCCUACAGAGGAAAUUAAGAAGCUUGAAGACAGUGAAAUUACUUUGUGGUACAAGAUGAUUCUUCCUCCUCAGUUUGACAGAUCAAAAAAGUACCCUUUGUUGAUCCAAGUGUAUGGUGGUCCCUGCAGCCAGAGUGUAAAGCCUGUAUUUGCUGUUCAUUGGAUAACUUACCUUGCAAGUAAGGAGGGGAUAGUCGUUGCCUUGGUGGAUGGUCGAGGCACUGCUUUCCAAGGUGACAAAUUCCUGUAUGCGGUGUACAGAAAGCUGGGUGUGUAUGAAGUUGAGGACCAGAUCACAGCUGUCAGAAAAUUCAUAGAAAUGGGUUUCAUUGAUGAAAAAAGAAUAGCCAUAUGGGGAUGGUCCUACGGAGGUUAUGUUUCAUCCCUGGCCCUUGCAUCCGGAACGGGUCUUUUCAAAUGUGGAAUAGCAGUGGCUCCAGUCUCCAGCUGGGAAUAUUACGCAUCUAUCUACACAGAGCGAUUCAUGGGCCUCCCAACAAAGGAAGAUAAUCUCGAGCACUAUAAAAAUUCAACUGUGAUGGCAAGAGCAGAAUAUUUCAGAAAUGUAGACUAUCUUCUCAUCCACGGAACAGCAGAUGAUAAUGUGCACUUUCAGAACUCAGCACAGAUUGCUAAAGCUUUGGUUAACGCACAAGUGGAUUUCCAAGCCAUGUGGUACUCUGACCAGAACCAUGGCAUAUCCUCUCGAGGGUCCACGAAGCACUUAUAUAUCCACAUGACCCACUUCCUCAAACAAUGCUUUUCUUUAUCGGACUGAAUCAACGCAGGUAUUAGCCUAUAUCACAGUCUGAGAGCCUCACAUGGAUGACUUGUACCCAUGGAUAUUAUCAAGGCCGCUGAUCAUCUAGGAGGGCUCAGAAGUUCAAGCUCAAUAUUGUUUACAUUUUCUUACACUCUGUGAAAGGAGAAGGUAAAAAAGAGCCACAAACACAUCUCACUUUGGACACAAUGUUCUAUCUCCUGUUCACUUCAGGGGAAAUAAAGUCAGCAAGUUCAAGUUA